GCAAGACCUAUAAGACCUCCCGUAGGUGAUAGGUCCAUCACACUAUUAGUUUAACCGUUCUGCAAUACAGUUCACACUAAUACAAUUAAAAUGAUUAAAACUCAGACAUUAUUUUUAAAACUUAGUUUUUUAAUAUUUUUAAACAUUAACUAUAUAAAUGGUUGUGUCAGUAAUAAAAAACUGUAUACUGAAAUUGGAUGUAAACCUAUUUACAGCAAUGAUUCAAAUUCUUGUCCAGUGGCAUAUGAUUGUGAAAAUGUGUUUACGAGACCAAGUAACAAGUGUUAUCUGAAUGGAAAUGUUUAUGAACCAGUUGAAAGUCUUUCUAAAACUGACUCAGCACUAAAUCCAUGUUUUGCUGCCUGCUUUUGUGAUCAGAGGACAUAUGAUAAUAAGACCACAACUAAAUUUACAUGUGCCAAGGUUGAAUGUCCAUCAUAUUUCACAAGAAUAAGAGACCCAUGUUAUUAUCAAUAUGACAGAGAUUCAUGUUGUGAGGUUAAAAAAUUCUGUCCUGAAGAAAAGGCAGUUGGUCAUGAAUGUAUGUAUGACAAUCAGGUUUACAAAAAUGGUCAACGAUUUUAUGUUGGUGAUUAUUUACAAUGUGUGUGUUCCCCAGAAUUUAAUGGUACAAUUAAUGAUCAAUCAUGUAGAGAAGUUGGCUGCAGUUAUGAGAUUUUAUAUAUGGAAAAUAUUGUAACACGAAGUGCUCCUGUUUAUUUCGAAAAAGUAGAUGGAUGUCCCAUUGAAUGGUUCAAUCCUGAAUAUAAUGCUGCAACUGCUGAUGAAACCACUUCUACCAGCAACUCUAAUAGCUACAAAUGCAAGUAUGGAGAUUUAAGUUUCUCAGUAGGUCAAAAUAUAACUAUUGGCCCACAGUCAGACUCAGAUACGUACAAAACAUCAUGCUCUUGUAAUACUCCUCCGUUAGUUACUUGCAUUAAAAUGAGGAAAUAGAACAUUUAAUAAUACAAAUAUUAUAGUACAUAACUAUGUACAAAGAUCGUAAAUAUAAAUAAAUAUAAUAAAGUAUACAAACAAUUUGUGUAGUUUGAUAUAAUCGUGUGAUUAAAAAUUCAAUAAAACUAUUUUU